GCUUCUUUUCACUGCACUGUCCUUUGCCUCUGGAUGUGACACAUCAAACAAAGGUGAAUAAUCAUUCGACGACUACGAGUGGAGGAUACUCACACCGCCAUCUUGGUUGACUGCGAGGCAAAAGGCUGUGAGGACGUGGAGUCUGUGUCACUUCUUUUUUUCUAUCAUCAUUCAACAGGUCUGCGGGCGUUGAAGGCUUUGGGUUUCAAUCAUUUGCAUCGUCUGCCAUCUAGGCUUCAAGCUGCCAGGUCUACUCAACCAUUUAUUGCUGUAGUCUGCUACAAGAUUGCGAAUUAUGUCCUCGAUCGAGCAUAUGACUCACUCGGCUAUCAUCCAACAUCCUCUGUCCAUGAUCCUCAGCAACAAUCGGUGCAAUGUGUAGAUUUUUGGUCUACAAAGGCUCAAAGCCAAUCAUCCUCUCCAAACUCAUCACAGAGCCUUCUCACAGCAUUCUAACGCAAUCAUACGACAGCCGUCUUCGUCUAGAUAGUCGAAGACCGGUCAAUGGCGAUGGAUUCGGCGUGGGCUGGUACACUGAACCAGAAUUAGGUCCGGACCCAUGCAUUUUCACCUCGACCCUUCCAGCAUGGAACUGCGUCAAUCUUGAACGUCUCGCGCCAAAGACGGCCUCGACAUUGAUCUUUGCCCAUGUCCGAGCGACGACGGAAGGCUCUCUAGCCGAAAACAACUGCCACCCCUUCCAACACAACACGCUCAUGUGGAUGCACAACGGCAACAUUGGAGCGUGGAAAUACGUCAAACGACCCCUCGCCGACAGUCUCUCGGACAAGUGGUUCCUGGACGUCAAAGGCGGUACUGACUCCGAAUGGGCCUUUGCCCUGUUCCUGGACACUCUUGAGCGCGAAGAAGGCGUGGACCCAAGCUCCGAACCCGAAGGCGGGUUUGACCCCAAGACCCUCCGACGAGCCAUGAAGAAGACUAUUGCCAAGAUCAACGCCUUCGUGACAGCUGUGCCAGCGGAACACCAUCUAGCGGACGUGGAAACACGAAGUCUACUCAACUUUGCCGUGACCGAUGGCCAUUCCGUCAUUGUGACUAGAUACGUGAGCAGCAAGACGGACGCCGCAGCAAGUCUGUACUAUUCCUCCGGCACAGCCUGGGUUGAAGGAAAGACCAAAGGGCAAUUCAGAAUGGAGCGUCGGGACAAAGCUUCGGAUGUGGUCCUUGUGGCCAGUGAGCCGUUGACGUUCGAGCGGCACAACUGGCUGUCGGUCCCCACCAACACGAUUGUGACAAUCUGCAAUCAGACGGUCUAUGUCCGGCCUAUCAAAGACGAAUACUACGACCCUGACCCAUCGACAGAGCGGUCGACGGGAUUUGCAAGAUCCAAAGGAUUAGUGGCAAAGGCUCCUGGCGGUGGUACUGCAACUCCGUCUACAAUGGUAGGCACGCCAGUCCCACGGCCCGGAGUCGAAGCAGCAGACGGCAGCUAUAUCGGCACGGAGGAUUUGGACAAAUACAGAUCGAAGUUGGCGGAUCUACAUUUGCAGAAUGAGACUGCCCUGAGUCGAGGGAAUGAGCAGCUGGUGAUUUGAGCCGCAUCGCUCCAGCAUAGGAGCUCGGCAUCUGCGACAUGCGCGGCGCAAUGAUUGAAGCAUUUCUGGCGCACGAGGAUGUAAAACAAUUUGAAGGAAAGGGUGAUUCGUGGCAUGGAAAACGAAUGGGCAGACACGGAGUACGGACAGACUGGACUGCCUCGCAGGCAUAUAGUGCCAAAAGGGAAAAG